AUGGACUUGCAAGAAUAUUGUCGACGAAAGGAAAAUGAACUUAUUGAUAGAGGAGGAAAAAUGAUGAAACCAAUUGCAAAAUAUACUUUGAAUUUAGAACAAAGGCGAGCGAUUGUUCAAUGGAUAAAGAAGUUGAAGCUCCGCGAUGGGUAUGCAUCUAAUCUAGCUUGGUGUGUUGAUAUGAAGGAAGCAAAGUUAUAUGGAAUGAAGAGUCAUGAUUCUCAUAUGUUCAUGGAACGCUUGGUUCCUAUUGCCUUUUCUACAUUGCCAGAUGAUGUAUUUAAUCCUAUAGUGGAGCUUAAGCAUUUGCCCGUCUACCAUGCUUAUGAAGCUAAGGUUGGUGGACUGAUUCAGUUUCGAUGGAUGUAUCCAUUUGAAAGAUUCCUUUAUACCUUGAAACGAAAGGUCAAGAACAAAGCCCGAGUUGAAGCGUCUAUAUGUGAAGCUUAUAUAGUCGAGGAGACCGCUAUGUUUUGCUCGCACUACUUUGAGCCGAGUAUGCCACCAAGAAUAACAAGACCUCUACGAAAUGAUGAUGGUGGAGAAUCAAAUUUGCCAGCAAUUUCCAUAUUUAACUAUCCAGGAAGACCUUUUAGGGAAUGUAAAGCUCGUUUCUUGAAUGAUGAGGAAGUAGAAGCUGCCAAAAGAUAUGUUCUAAUGAAUUGUGAUAAGGUGCAACCUUAUAUGAUGUUAUUUGUACAAACAUUGAAGAAAGAUAACUGUCGAAUCACAGAGAAUGAGAUAGAAUCCCAGAUCAAUGAAAGAUUUCCCUCAUGGUUUAAAAAUCAUGUAAGUAUGAUUGCUUUCAAUUUUGUAUCAUCAAACAGGAAUUAUCUGCCAUAA